UGGAAGCCCAAAGAAAUACACUUGCACGAGAGAGAGAGAGAGAGAGAGAGAGAGAGAGAGAGAGAGGAGCAUAGAGAGAGAAAGAAAGAAGGGCAAUUGAAAAGAAUUCACAUGGAAGGAAAGCUGCUAACAUCUCAUCCUCCGCCAUUUCACCAUUCCCCUUAAAACACAAUUAUCAAUCUUUGUUGUAGAGUUGUCGUUUCUUCCUUCAUAUGUGGUUUCUUCUUUUCUCUCUCUACAUCUCUUUCAAUUACACUUUUUAAACCCGCCCCUGCUUCGUGAUCUGGGAGGAGGGUAUUGAGAAGGGGUGGGGGAACGAUUUCGGAAAUAUGAUAUUUUUUUCCUGAGCUGAAUUUCGACGUGGAUUCAGAUCUGAGAGAUGGAGGAAAAGAGUGCGUUAAGUCAAGGGAGCGUCUUUAGAUCUCUGCUCGCCAUUGUUCAGUGGUGGUGUUUCAAUGUUACCGUGAUUAUCAUGAACAAAUGGAUCUUUCAGAAAUUGAAUUUCAAGUUCCCGCUAUCUGUAUCUUGUGUCCACUUUGUAUGCUCAUCCAUUGGAGCAUUUAUCGCAAUCAAGGUGCUAAAGAUCAAACCUCUUAUAGUGGUCGACCCUGAUGAUCGUUGGAAAAGAAUAUUCCCCAUGUCAUUUGUGUUCUGCAUAAACAUUGUGCUGGGAAAUGUGAGCUUGCGAUAUAUCCCAGUUUCAUUUAUGCAGACAAUAAAGUCGUUUACUCCUGCAACUACAGUUGUUUUGCAGUGGUUGGUUUGGAGGAAGUACUUUGAUUGGCGCAUUUGGGCUUCAUUGGUGCCUGUUGUUGGAGGAAUACUCCUGACAUCGGUGACAGAGCUUAGUUUCAAUGCUUUCGGAUUUUCUGCUGCCCUGCUUGGCUGCUUGGCAACUUCCACAAAGACUAUCCUUGCAGAGUCCUUACUGCAUGGGUACAAAUUUGACAGCAUAAACACGGUGUACUACAUGGCUCCUUUGGCUACCAUGAUACUUGGUGUGCCAGCAAUGCUACUAGAAGGCAAUGGGGUUCUGGAAUGGUUUCAUACGCACGAGACUAUCUACUCUUCCCUUUUUAUCAUAUUCCUAUCUGGUGUACUUGCCUUCUGCCUCAACUUUUCGAUCUUCUACGUGAUUCAUUCAACAACAGCUGUCACCUUCAAUGUUGCCGGGAACCUCAAGGUUGCAGUUGCCGUGCUGAUUUCAUGGUUGAUAUUCAGGAACCCAAUCUCAGCGAUGAAUGCUGUGGGAUGUGCUAUCACGCUCGGUGGAUGUAGUUUCUAUGGAUAUGUAAGGCAUUUGUUGUCACAACAGCCAGCCCCUCAAGGAACUCUGUGGACGCCCAAGACUGCAAGAAGCCGAAUGGAGUUACUGCCUCUUGUAAACGAUAAAUUAGAUGAUAAGGUCUGAAUUAGUGAAAUGAUUCUCCUAAGGAGAGGGGAGCUUUACAUGAUGAUGAUGAUGAUGAUGAUGAUGCUCUUUUGCAGUUGAGGCAACGUAGGGAGGAGUAAUUUGUACUAAUGUACAAGGAACUGAUGAAAUUCUGGAAAAUUAUUUAAAUGUGUUGUAGUGAACUUGAUUGAUUAACCAUACAAGUUCGAUACGAGUUUACUUUUGCUUGCUCAGGAAUAGGAAACGUGUUUUUCCAGCGGCCUACAUGUAUUAUCAGUCGAUUUCCAGUGUCUAGCUAGCUAGUAGUGGCAGGAGGACUAAGAUCCCCAAGAGAAUUGAUCUUUGUUCUUGAGAAUGGAAAAAGAAAGCUGGGC